UUUGGUAAUAUGAAGCGUCACAUUCGUAGCAAACAUCCUUGUGUUUAUGAUAAGGAAAUGAAUGAUGUGGUUAGUACCAGGAUUGAAAAUGUAGAUAUCCCGGCUUCUGAGACCAAAGAGUAUUUAGAAGACGUGGAACGAGUAAAUACAACAAAUAAAUCUGAAGGAGGAGGUGACGAGGAUUCAGACCAAGAAGAAGCAGAAUCCGAAUUAAAACAGGACGGUAGUGGAACCGUGUUGAAUGAAGCUGAUCCCAAUUUUGAAGAGAAAAUUAAAUAUUUGUGUACUAAACCUAUUUCGGGAAGAAAAAGAGCAUGGAAUCCUUUGUGGAAUUUCUUUGAAGUGAUUGAAGAUAAUCAUUGGUACAUGUGUUUGGGUUGCCACAAACUGAUAUCGAUUUACCCUCACAGUGUCCGUAAUUUGAAGCGACACGUCAGAACGCAGCACAAGAAACAGUACGAAUACAUGAUGAAAUAUUUGACAUCGCGCAAAACUUGUAUUGAAAAAGCAGAAGAAGAAGCACCACUUAGCUUUGACAAAUACUAUUUCGACCUUGAAAGCGAAGGACAGUACAAAUGCAAGGAAUGUUCAGAAGUAAUACAGAGCACCGAAGAAGACCAGUGGUCCUUAUUUAACCACAUCAAAGAUAAUCACCCAGACCAGAUAUUGGCGUAUCAGGAGGAAGAAAAUGCUGAAUACAACAUUGUGAUUCUCAAAAAUGAUGAUGUUACAACGAUUGGACAGUGAAUUUAUGGAUUUUCGUUAAAGGUUUUUGGAUUGAUUACGUUCUUACAAAGGAUGCCUGUGUAGUACUCGUAUAUUAUGUGCGUUAGUAUAUUAAACUAAGUGUUUUCAUAGGUUUAGGUCUUAGGUUGGUCAGAGCAAAGACGAUUUGUUUAAUUGAGGAGUUUCGGAUGGUUCAAACUCACGGCGUGCUUUGCGUAUUCAAAUACCUCCUUAAGGAUUUUUUAGUAGCAGUAGCGCAUGGGACUUGUAAAGUUAUGUCUCAGGG